AUGGCAGACGCGCCUGUGCCCAUCACAGAAUGGCCCGAGUACAGUGUCGACCCACAGGGUGGUAACCCCAUCACGCAGGACCUCAACGCCCCAUAUGACAAGGGCGACUUGUGUUGGAUCCUUGUCUGCACAAUCCUAUGCUGGCAGAUCACGCCCGCCAUGUAA